ACCCUGGCAAAACUCAGCUAUGGCGCGAAUUACUACCUCCAGUAGUAGUCGAAGCAGCAGUAGUAGUAGCGGUAGCAGCAUCCGCGAUGCCAGCCCCCGUCUGAAUAACAUCCUCGCAACUUGCUACGUCGUUGAUACUCGCUCCAGCCUGCUUCAAGGCUUUCACUACUCCACUACCGGGGCUGGCGGAGUCGAUUGGCGUUCCUGAGGUCAGCUCGGUAUGCAGGGAAUAUAUUCACCACCUUCAAGUCCCCCCCUCUCGGCCACCACCACCGUGAAACCGAGCUCCGGCUCUAAUUUCACGGCGCGGAGAAGGGGGGCAACUUAUACCAUUGCGGGAGAGUGUGAGAGACUCUUCUGUGAGAUACUCCGUUCUGUAUUUCUGGUUGAGGGGAAUACGGAAUGGCAGGACUCGCUGGCUCUGGAUAAGCAUUCAUCUGCGAUCAACUACAACGACACUGAGAUCUCUGGUGGGGUCAGUGUCACACGACAUGGGGCACAACAUGGGUUGGGUUUGCAACCUUUCGGAUCGAUCGAACAACGGGGUGUUGUCACCGCUUGGUGCAAGGUCUACGACUACGUGGGCGGGGCUCUUUUCAGGUGCUUCAUUGUGGAAGAGGAUAAUGGUGAGAGAGCUAUGUUUGUCUUCUUUAACGACGAUGUGAAUGGGAGUGACCUCAAGCCUGGGCUCAUGGCUUUACUCGAGCUCUGCUCCGUCCCGGGCGUGCUUUGUGACACGCUCAUUGUGUGUCUCGACCGAAGCGCGCAUUCUUCAGACGGCUCUUUGAUGAGAAGUCUUGGUUGGGUAGGUUUUGAGCCCACAACGCUAGAGAAAUGGACGAAGAAUAUCGAUAUCGUUUCACCUCGAUGGAUGUUCAUGGGCAUGGAAGUUUGAUUUGAUACCAAGAUUGCUUGUGUGGAGGAGUUGCCAAUUCACAUGGAUGGGUUCUCUAAUGGAGUAGCAUCACAUCCAAGUUUUCAAGAAAGGUCUUCUCUACAUAUUGAAGAGGAUGUCCAUCUAGGCGUUCAGCAUUUGGAGGC